AACUUUCUAUUAUAUAGAUAUAGAUUCCACUUUAAUAGAUAUAGAUUCCACUUUAUUUAUAUGGAUUACGAUAUAUAAGCUCUUCCCUUUUUCGUCUGUGACUUUAUUGUAUAUGUGGAUUGAAUAUGAAGUUAAGCCUAUGAAUGCAUAUAGAGAAGAUGAAGGAGGGAGGAAUUGAAAGAGUGGGUUCGGAACAAAGAAAUAGAAGAACUAAUAUGGAUUUUCAAAGACUUGGAUAGUGAAUAAAAACGAGAUAUUGAAGUAGUUCUGAUGAUUCAGUAAUAUCAAAUAUCAUCACAUCACUUCUUAACUCAAAUUGGGUUCGGAGUUCUUAGUUUAGUUGUAUGGAUCUUAGUGAUGGAAUAUGAAAUAAUAAGUAAUGUAACUAAUUAAUAUAUAAUAUAAAUAUAUAACAUUAAUAAUAACAUUAAUUAUAUAUAAGAAUUCAUUGGUUUAUUUGAUUAUAUCAUUAACCAUUUCUUCAUUUUUUGUUGUGAGGAGCUUACCAUGAAUCCCCUAAUUUCUGCUGCUUCCGUUAUUGCUGCUGGAUUGGCCGUAGGACUUGCUUCUAUUGGACCCGGAGUCGGUCAAGGUACUGCUGCGGGCCAAGCCGUAGAAGGUAUUGCUAGACAACCAGAAGCAGAGGGUAAAAUACGAGGUACUUUAUUGCUUAGUCUGGCUUUUAUGGAAGCUUUAACAAUUUACGGGCUGGUCGUGGCAUUAGCACUUUUAUUUGCUAAUCCCUUUGUGUAAUCCUAGAAACGUGAAAAUGUGAAAAAUACGUACUUCUUUUCUUGCUUUGGCCCUGCCACUUCGCUUCUUCAAAUUAUAUCAACUCAACACUUCACUCCUACAAUCACUUCUUCCUUGAUCCAAUACUCCGGGGAAGUACUGAUUUGAGGAAUUAGUGGAUCCGCUUCCGCUCGCUUUCUUCUUUCCCGCCCUUAGUCCAAUGAAUGAGCAUUUUCCCUUUUUUAUUUAUUUUAGGAGGGUAUGUCGCAAUUGACACGAGACUUGGGACUUCAUAAGUGUCUUAUCGGGGAUCUAAAUAAGGAGUGAAGUGAUACAAAAAAGGAAAUCUUUUUUUAUUUUGUUAGUCCUAUUCCUAUCCAUAAGAUAAGAGGAGAGCAUAUGAAAAAUCUAACCGAUUCUUUCGUUUUUUUGGGUCACUGGCCAUCCGCCGGGAGUUUCGGGUUUAAUACCGAUAUUUUAGCAACAAAUCUAAUAAAUCUAAGUGUAGUGCUUGGUGUAUUGAUCUUUUUUGGAAAGGGAGUGUGUGCGAGUUGUGUAUUUCAAGAAUAGGCUGGAACCAACCAGCUGCACUUUAUAUUUUGCUAUUGUAAUCUAAUAAUAGAGAAAGGUGCACGAUCUCAACGAAUUACUUCUGAAUAAAUCAAUAAGUCCUAUGUAAGAACCAUAGCAUUUCGUGACUCGUUGGUAAAUUGGAUUCUCUAUUAACCAAUAAUGUGAGACCAUUUAGUUAACAUGGUUAAAGCUGAACUGUUUGAAGUCUAAGCACAACACGGUACUCUUUCUACCACUGCGUUAGUACAAGAUAAGAUGGUUUCAAAAUGCAUAAAUCAUUUUGUUGGGAAUUUAUUUGAUAUAGAACACUCAUAUCAAUAAAAUGAUUUGAACCAUUGACUGGAAAAACGGGUACCUCGCCCCUUCCUUUUUAUCUAAUGCUGAAUCGACGACCUAUGUGUAUAAAAUGAGAAAGAAUUCUUUUGGAUGUGAAGAAAUAAAAGAAACGACUUUGCUGACAAUUACAAGUUUUUUUGGUCUGGUCAGAAGAGCCCUCCAGAGAUCCUGGGUUUUCUUGUAUCAGUUUUUAUAUCCUGGAAUACGAACAGAGAAGAGAGGGUAGGCUCAUUAAGAAAGAGAUAUGGGAAUGCCCCAUAAGUAUAAGUAAUUUAAUUGAGCGUGAGAGCCAAAUGAAUCGAAAGAUUCAUGUUCGGUUCGGGAAGAGAUCGUGGAAGUUGUGGAAUUGAUGGGGAGAUAAUCUACUUUCAUUAAGUGAUUUAUUAGAUAAUCGAAAGCAGAGGAUUUUGAGUACUAUUCGCAAUUCAGAAGAACUAUGCGGAGGAGCCGUUGAGCAGCUUGAAAAAGCACGGGCUCGCUUACAGAAAGUGGAAAGGGAAGCGGAAGAGUUUCGAGUGAAUGGAUACUCUGAGAUAGAACAAGAAAAGAUAAAUUUGAUUAAUGCCGCUUAUCAGAAUUUGGAACAAUUAGAAAAUUACAAAAACGAAAGCAUUCAUUUCGAACAACAAAGAGCGAUUAAUCAGGUCCAACAACGAGUUUUCCAACAAGCCUUACAAGGGGCUCUAGGAACUCUGAAUAAUUGUUUGAACGGCGAGUUACAUUUACGCACCAUCGGUGCUAAUAUUGGCAUACUUGGGGCCAUGAAAGAAAUAACCGAUUAGUCCUUCUACUAUAGGAUAGGUAUUAUUUUUCUCCUUUUUUGCUUCCUAGAAAGAAUUAAGAGAUACUAAUGGUAACCAUUCGAGCCGAAGAAAUUAGUAAUAUUAUCCGCGAACGGAUUGAGCAAUAUAAUAGAGAAGUAAAGAUUGUGAACACUGGUACCGUACUUCAAGUGGGCGACGGCAUUGCUCGUAUUCAUGGUCUUGAUGAAGUAAUGGCAGGUGAAUUAGUAGAGUUUGAAGAGGGUACGAUAGGUAUUGCUCUGAAUUUGGAAUCCAAUAAUGUUGGCGUUGUAUUAAUGGGUGACGGUUUGAUGAUACAAGAGGGUAGUUCCGUGAAAGCAACAGGACGAAUUGCUCAGAUACCGGUGAGUGAGGCUUAUUUGGGUCGUGUUAUAAAUGCCCUAGCUAAACCUAUUGAUGGGAGGGGUGAAAUUUUAGCUUCUGAAUAUCGGUUAAUUGAGUCUCCCGCUCCAGGUAUUAUUUCGAGACGUUCCGUAUAUGAGCCUCUUCAAACGGGGCUUAUUGCUAUUGAUUCGAUGAUCCCUAUAGGACGCGGUCAGCGAGAAUUAAUUAUUGGGGACAGACAGACCGGUAAAACAGCAGUAGCUACAGAUACUAUUCUCAAUCAAAAAGGUCAAAAUGUAAUAUGCGUUUAUGUAGCUAUUGGUCAAAAAGCAUCUUCCGUGGCUCAGGUAGUGACUACUUUCCAGGAACGGGGAGCAAUGGAAUACACCAUUGUGGUAGCGGAAACAGCGGAUUCGCCUGCUACAUUACAAUACCUCGCUCCUUAUACAGGAGCCGCUCUGGCUGAAUAUUUUAUGUACCGUCAACGACAUACCUUAAUAAUUUAUGAUGAUCUCUCCAAACAAGCACAAUCUUAUCGCCAAAUGUCCCUUCUAUUAAGAAGACCACCUGGUCGCGAAGCUUAUCCAGGAGACGUUUUUUAUUUGCAUUCCCGCCUUUUGGAAAGAGCCGCUAAACUAAGUUCUCGUUUAGGCGAAGGAAGUAUGACUGCUUUACCAAUAGUUGAGACUCAAUCUGGGGACGUUUCGGCUUAUAUUCCCACUAAUGUCAUUUCCAUUACAGAUGGGCAAAUCUUCUUAUCCGCGGAUUUAUUCAAUGCUGGAAUCCGUCCAGCUAUUAAUGUGGGUAUUUCCGUCUCCAGAGUAGGAUCCGCAGCUCAAAUUAAAGCCAUGAAACAAGUAGCCGGCAAAUUAAAAUUAGAAUUGGCUCAAUUUGCAGAGUUAGAAGCCUUUGCGCAAUUCGCUUCCGAUCUAGAUAAAGCUACUCAGAAUCAAUUGGCAAGAGGUCAACGAUUACGGGAGUUGCUCAAACAAUCCCAAUCAUCCCCUCUCGCGGUGGAUGAACAGAUAGUUACUAUUUAUACCGGAACGAAUGGAUAUCUUGAUCAAUUAGAAAUUGGACAGGUAAAGAAAUUUAUUGUUCAGUUACGUACCCAUUUAAGAACAAAUAAGCCUCAGUUACAAGAAAUCAUAUCUUCUACCAAGGUAUUCACCGAGCAAGCGGAAGCCCUUUUGAAAGAGGCUAUUCAGGAGCAGAUGGAACUAUUUCUACUUCAGGAACAAACAUAAAGAAAUUGGUUAUUUCAUUUGGUAGAGUCUCUUAGUACGACAUAAAUUGUUGAGAAAAGAAAUGGCUCUGAUUCGAAUCAUUCCAAAUAUGUUUCUUGGAAUAGCAAUCCAAACAAAAUAGAUGUAAAUAAAUUGCGUCCAAUAGGAUUUGAACCUAUACCAAAGGUUUAGAAGACCUCUGUCCUAUCCAUUAGACAAUGGACGCUUCUCGUCCCGAUUCUCUUCUUUCUGAUUCCUCCUUUCCAUUCCCUGUUUGGAUAAAAACAGAAACAAUCAGAUUGUAUGCGUCUUAGGGAAUAAAGACGCAUAUUAAAAUCAAUGAUGGAUGUAUUAUGAUUCAUAUCGAGCGGGUAGCGGGAAUCGAACCCGCAUCGUUAGCUUGGAAGGCUAGGGGUUAUAGUCGACGUCGAUUCAUCACUAUUAACGUCUCUAAUUCAAAACCGAACAUGAAACUUUGGUUUCAUUCGGCUCCUUUAUGGAAUAAAGGAUAGAUUCCCCGAUUUAGGGCGUAAAGUAACCUAAACGAAAAAAUUGACGAUGUAUGAUAUUAGUAUGGAAAUGGAAAGGUAUGGAAAUCAAAGAAGGAAGUCAUAGCAAAUCGGAAUAAGAAAAAUUCGAUCCAUAACACCUAUGUCAGCUUUUCUGUCUGAAUGUAUCCAAAGCUAUUCGCUUUCUAGAUGAUCCCUCUAGAGGAGGGGUAUUAUAAAAACCCUUCUAGUUACUUCGUUCCCUAUUUCUACUGACAUGAAUCCUUAGGAAAAGAAUCUUAUUUCUACCGAGCUGAAACAAUAUAUGCCGAUGGCCCCGGUAAACCGAAGUCACCGUUUAAUAGCUAUUUGGCUUCAAUCUCCCCUUU